UAGAAGCCAAAUAUUAAGUUAUAUAUCUUUAUAAAAAAUAAAAUGGAAAACACAUCAAAUAAUUCUUCAAGCAAACUUUGUUUUUGUGACUAUAUAAACACCCUUUCUAAAACUCCUUAUAAACUUAGGAAGAGAUUAUUCGCUACAUGGACCCCAGACCAAGAAGUGAACCAAGUGAGACUAAGGUCUGGUGCAGACAUGAAACGAAAGCUUUCGUUGUUCGAUUUAGUUGCUUUCGGUUUAGGAGGAAUGCUCGGAGUGGGAGUGUUUGUCACAACUGGUCCUGUGGCUCGCACUAAAGCUGGUCCUGCUGUUUUUAUCUCCUACAUUAUUGCUGCCAUAUCCGCUCUUCUUUCUUCUAUGUGUUAUACGGAAUUCUCCAUUGCGAUUCCCGUUGCUGGGGGUGCUUUCAGUUAUCUGAGAGUCACCUUUGGAGAGUUUGUGGGUUACUUAGCUGGUGCUAAUAUACUGAUGGAAUACGUGCUGUCGAAUGCUGCGGUCGCAAGAAGUUUUACUGAGUAUUUAAGUGGCACAUUUGGAGCUGAAGAUCCCAACUCUUGGAGGGUUCACGUUCAUGGCUUUGUUGAUGGCUAUAACAUGUUGGAUUUCACUGCUGUUGCUGUUAUUCUUCUUUUGACUCUUUGCUUAUGUCAUAGUACGAAGGAGAGCUCGAUUUUGAACCUUACUAUGACAAUAUUUCAUGUAAUCUUCUUCGGGUUUAUAAUAAUUGCUGGUUUUUUGAUCGGGAAUCCGAAAAACUUGGUAAGCUCUCCAGGAGGGUUAGCUCCUUUUGGUGUUAAAGGUGUGGUGGAUGGAGCAGCCAUAGUAUAUUUCAGCUAUAUUGGCUAUGAUUCUGUUUCAACGCUUGCAGAAGAAAUUCAAAACCCUUCCAAGAACUUGCCUACAGGCAUUGUUGGGUCUGUUCUUCUCGUUUCAGCCGUCUAUUGUCUUAUGAGUGUGGCUUUGUGCGUCAUGGUUCCAUAUGACCAGAUUUCAGAGAAGGCUUCAUUUGCUAUGGCAUUCCAAAAGUUGGGAUGGAAAUGGGCAAGCCAUCUUGUUGGCGUAGGUGCAAGUUUAGGAAUUGUGGCAUCGCUUUUGGUGGCCAUGCUCGGACAGGCUAGAUACCUUUGCGUUAUGGCACGGGCGAGACUCGUGCCAGUGUGGUUAGCUAAGGUUCAUCCUUCAACUGGCACACCCUUGAAUGCUACUUUAGUCUUGGGAAUAUGCACUGCAUCAAUUGCCCUCUUCACUGAUCUUGACAUAGUGCUGGAGAUAAUAUCGAUCGGAACACUCCUGGUGUUCUACCUAGUAGCAAAUGCUCUUAUCUAUCGCCGUUAUGUUGUAUUGAGCAGCAAACCACCAUUACAUGUCCUCCUUUUCCUCCUUUUCCUUACAACUCUUUCUAUAGGCUUCUCUUUAUCAUGGAAAUUCGAUCAACGACUGUUGGAUUUGCCAUUAUUUGGCGGGUCCUUGAUCACUAUCACCGCGAUCUUCCAUUACAUGGUGCCUUUGACUAGGUCGGGGCUCGAGUGGUCGGUACCCCUAAUGCCAUGGCCGGCUGCCCUAUCAAUUUUUCUUAAUGUCUUCCUUAUGACAACUUUAAAGAUUUUGUCCUUUAAAAGGUUUGGUAUUUGGACUGUUUUGCUAGUUUUGUUUUACGUUUUAUAUGGUGUUCAUUCAACAUAUCGCGCUGAGGAAAUGGAAACGGAAACAGAAAUGGGAAAUGAGUCGGUGGAAGAGAAUAGAUUGAGCACAAACAACCAUAAUCCUGAAACAAAGAUAGAUAAUCUCAUAUAAAUUUGAUGAGGAAUUUAAAUGACUUGGUAAUAUGUCAUGAUCAGUCUAAAUUUUUGGAUUCUCUAUUUUUUCUUUUUGUUUUUGAGUUCGUGUUAAUUGUGUGUAAUUUUAGUAGACAUACACUCAUUUAUACUAACUAGAUUUGCUUCUUCUCUCAAAAAACAAAAAAUUUAAAAUUAUUGGUUGAUUUUGGGCCGACUAAAUUUGCUUUUGAUCAGUGGUUAGAAAUGCAAUGGAGAAAGACCUAUAGAGAAUAGAAGCUUUAAAAUAUAGAAAAGAAAAAUCUAUGUUAUUGUGUAUAAAAUUUAUUUUCUUUACAAUUGACGCAAUUUCAAUUUAAUACAUAUUCAUAUGAUUUAAAUAAUUUACAUAUUUUAUAAUAUGAAGCACCUAUAAGAAGUUUGAUAUUGGUGCUUCAUUUAAUUCAUCUUUACCAUGUGUAAUUGUAAAUGCCAAUUCAUUUAAUUCCUUG